UAAAGGGAGGGAAGUCCUUCGUCCUAGCCUCGAGCCCGCCCGCGGCAGGGGAACCGAGAGCGCAGAGAGAGAAAUACUUUCCCGAUACGUCGUUUUGGGCUUCGUAGGCUGAAAAGGGGAGCGAAACAGAAGGGAGAACCGUAGAAGAGGCUGCGCGCGGCCCGAGCCGCCUGCGUGCGUCCGUGCGCGCUCGCUCGCGCGGGCUCAGUGCUGGCGCGUGAAGCGGAGGCGGGCGGCGGCGGCGGCGCCUGCGCGGUCGGGCUCGGUCGUCGGUUCGCAGGGGAGGAGGCAAGCGGGAGGCGGAGGAGGCGGCGGCGGCGAUGGAGGUGAAGCGGCUGAAAGUGACCGAGCUGCGGUCGGAGCUGCAGCGGCGGGGCCUGGACUCACGCGGCCUCAAGGUGGAUCUGGCGCAGCGGCUGCAGGAGGCGCUGGACGCCGAGAUGCUCGAGGACGAGGCUGGUGGUGGCGGGGCCGUGCCCGGCGGGGCCUGCAAGGCGGAGCCUCGGCCUGUGGACGCGUCGGGCGGCGGCCCGGGCGGGGACGAGGAGGAGGACGAAGAGGAGGAGGAGGACGAGGAGGCGCUGCUUGAGGACGAGGACGAAGAGCCACCCCCUACCCAGGCCUCGGACCAGGCCGCGCAGCCGCCGCCGGAGCCCCCGGAGGCGGCAGCCGUGGAGGCCGCGGCCGAGCCUGAUGCUUCCGAGAGGCCGGCCGAGGAGGCCACGGCCGAGUCGGAGUCAGGUGGGGUAAAUGGUGGCGAAGAGCAGGGCACCGACAAGGGGGAGGAAGAAGAGCCAGAGGAGCGGAGCGGGGACGAGACGCCGGGAUCCGAGGCGCCGGGUGACAAGGCCGCAGAGGAACAGGGUGAGGAGCUGGCGGCGGAGACCGACUCCAACCUGCCGGGAGAUGACCAAGAUAGUGAAAAGUCAAAACCAGCAGGCUCAGAUGGUGAGCGGCGGGGGGUAAAGAGACAGCGGGAUGAGAAGGAUGAACAUGGCCGAGCUUACUAUGAAUUCCGAGAGGAGGCUUACCACAGCCGCUCCAAGUCUCCACCGCCCCCUGAAGAAGAGGCAAAAGAUGAGGAGGAGGAUCAGACACUUGUGAACCUGGACACGUAUACCUCAGAUCUCCAUUUUCAAGUGAGCAAAGACCGAUACGGAGGGCAGCCCCUCUUCUCGGAGAAGUUCCCCACGCUGUGGUCUGGGGCAAGGAGUACUUACGGAGUGACCAAGGGGAAAGUCUGCUUUGAAGCCAAGGUAACCCAGAAUCUCCCAAUGAAAGAAGGCUGCACAGAGGUCUCUCUCCUUCGAGUUGGGUGGUCUGUUGAUUUUUCCCACCCACAGCUUGGUGAGGAUGAAUUCUCUUAUGGUUUCGAUGGACGAGGACUGAAGGCAGAGAAUGGGCAGUUUGAGGAAUUUGGCCAGACUUUUGGGGAGAACGAUGUCAUUGGCUGCUUUGCUAAUUUUGAGACUGAAGAAGUAGAGCUUUCCUUUUCUAAGAAUGGAGAAGACCUCGGUGUGGCAUUCCGGAUCAACAAGGAAUCCCUGGCAGACCGGGCCCUCCUACCCCAUGUCCUCUGCAAAAAUUGUGUUGUAGAAUUAAAUUUUGGUCAGAAGGAGGAGCCCUUCUUCCCACCACCAGAAGAGUUUGUGUUCAUCCACGCCGUGCCUGUGGAGGAGCGUGUGCGCACCGCGGUCCCUCCCAAGACCAUGGAGGAGUGCGAGGUGAUUCUGAUGGUGGGACUGCCUGGAUCUGGGAAGACCCAGUGGGCACUGAAAUACUCAAAAGAAAACCCUGAGAAAAGAUACAAUGUCCUGGGAGCCGAGACUGUCCUCAGUCAAAUGAGGAUGAAGGGGCUUGAGGAGCCAGAAAUGGACCCGAAAAGCCGAGACCUUUUAGUGCAGCAAGCCUCCCAGUGCCUUAGUAAACUGGUCCAGAUUGCUUCCCGGACAAAGAGGAACUUCAUUCUCGAUCAGUGUAACGUGUACAACUCUGGCCAGCGGCGGAAACUGUUGCUGUUCAAGACCUUCUCUCGGAAAGUGGUGGUGGUGGUCCCCAAGGAGGAAGACUGGAAGAAGAGGCUGGAGUUGAGGAAGGAGGUGGAGGGAGACGAUGUGCCUGAGUCCAUCAUGCUGGAGAUGAAAGCCAACUUCUCUCUGCCCGAGAAAUGCGAUUACAUGGACGAGGUGACAUACGGGGAGCUGGAGAAGGAAGAGGCUCAGCCGCUGGUCACCAAGUACAAGGAGGAGGCGAGGAAGCUCCUGCCCCCCUCUGAGAAACGGACAAACCGCCGCAACAAUCGAAACAAGCGCAACCGGCAGAACCGGAGCCGAGGCCAAGGCUACGUGGGCGGGCAGCGCCGAGGCUACGACAACCGGGCCUACGGGCAGCAGUACUGGGGGCAGUCUGGAAACAGAGGGGGCUACCGUAAUUUCUACGAUCGAUACCGGGGAGACUACGACCGCUUCUACAGCCGAGACUACGAGUACAACAGAUACAGAGACUAUUACAGACAGUACAAUCGGGAUUGGCAGAAUUACUACUACCACCACCCCCAGGACAGAGACCGAUACUACAGGAACUACUACGGUUACCAAGGGUAUCGGUGAAGCCCCUGCCCUUGUCACCUGUCAGCCAUGAAGCUGAAUCUCUGGGGGUGCCAGGCACCCCCCUCCCAAAACACAACCAAGGAAAACAGGGGCUGUCGGGGUGGGGCUGAGCUGCCGGGGAG